UUCUCACUCGCGCUAGUGCGCGCACACACACACGAAUUCACUGUUACAUACACAAGCGCCGGCAGCGAGCUCGCGCGCAGCUCUAGUUACUGAGUGUUCGGGCGGCGCGCGUGAAGAGAAGUCGCGAGGAUGACCGGCGGGAGUGAACCCUAGAGGCGCAUUGCAUGCUGGGAAAGAAGGACAUGCAUGCUUAAGACAGUCUAUUUUUUUUGAAAGCGAGAUACUAAGGGGACAACACAUCACAUAGGUAUUUUAGCUGAGCAGGGAGAUGAGUGGAGAGAUGAGUGCGGAGGUCAUGUCCCCCACCAGUGCAGGACAGAAAGAGAGAUAUUUUGACCGGGUGAAUGAGAAUGAUCCGGAGUACCAGCGAGCUCGGAACAUGCCCGCUGACCUGCGGCAGGAUUUCAACAUGAUGGAGCAGAAGAAGAGGGUCACACACAUCCUGCAGAGUCCUGCGUUUAAGGACGAGCUGGAAGGCCUGAUCCAGGAACAGAUGAUCAAGGGAAAUAACCCUGCUGGACUCCUCGCCCUGCGCCAGAUCGCCGACUUCUUCAUGGCCAGCUCCAUCGGAGGAUACCCCACUUCCCCCCUCAGUCUGGGCAUGGUGUCCCCCAUAAACGAUCUUUUCAGCGCCGACUCCGGCUCCAUGGUGAAGGGUGAGAAGCAGGCGCGAUGCAAACUGGCCAGCCUCUACCGCCUCGUCGAUCUCUUCAGCUGGGCUCACUUCUCCAACGCCUACAUCACGGUUCGUGUCAGUAAGGAGCAGGACCACAUUCUCAUCAUCCCCAGAGGACUGUCAUUCGCCGAAGCUUCAGCUUCUAAUCUGGUGAAGGUGAACAUCCUGGGCGAUGUGGUGGAUCAGGGUUCCACUAACCUGCGCAUCGACAUGUCUGGCUUCAGCCCACACGCCGCCAUCUACUCCAUGAGACCGGACGCACGCUGCCUCGUCCACUUACACACCCCGGCCGCGGCAGCCGUAUCGUCAAUGAAGUGCGGCCUGCUGCCCAUCUCUCAGGAGGCGCUGAUCCUCGGAGACGUGGCCUACUACAACUACCACGGGAGUCUGGAUGACAAGGAGGAGAGGGCGGAGCUACAGAAAGCGCUGGGACCCACAGCCAAGGUCCUCGUGCUGAGGAAUCAUGGCAUGGUGGCUUUAGGAGAAACCAUAGAAGAGGCUUUUCACUACAUUUACAACGUCCAGUUUGCCUGUGAGAUCCAGGUGAAUGCGUUCUCGUGUGCAGGAGGAAUGGAGAACCUCAUCGUCUUGGACUUGGAGAAAUAUAAGAGCAGGACACAGGGCGUGGCCGAGGCCGGAGUGAACAUGGGCUCUCAGCACAAGUGGAAAAUCGGAGAACUCGAAUUUGAGUCACUCAUGAGGAUGCUCGACAAUCUGGGUUAUCGAACUGGCUACACUUACCGCCACCCGGUGGUGCGGGACAAACCCCGGCACAAGAGCGAGGUGGAGAUCCCGGCCACGGUGACGGGGUUCACAUUGGACGAGCCGACCGACGCCUCCCGCCUCCACCUCCGUCUCGUUCAGCAGCGGCAGCAGAGGGAGAAAACACGCUGGCUCAACUCGCCCAACUGCUACACCAAGAUCAACGUGGCAGAUGGAGACGGUGCUGAGGAGAACGGCCGCAUCAGGACCAUGUGGAUGCGGUCUGAGGAAGGCAGCAGCAGCAGCGGGACUCCGAUCCGCAUCGAAGACCCGAACCAGUUCGUCCCUCUGAACACUAACCCAAGCGAUGUUCUCCAGAAGAGGAAUAAAAUCCGAGAGCAGAAUCGCUUCGACAUGAAGACCGCCGGCCCGCAGUCUCAGCUCCUGGCUGGAAUUGUCGUGGAGAGACCACCGGAGCAGCUUUCUGCAAAGCCAUACACAGGUGGAGAUGAGGAGGAGGCUGAGCCGUUGCCACCCAACCCCUUCAGCGAACUCAGCGAGAGAGAUCUGGACGACUACAAACAACAAGUGGAGCGCCAACAGCUGGGGCUCGACGAGGAGGAGCAGGACCAGCUAACUUCUGACGACGCUUCCACGCUCUCACCAUCUGCCUCUCAAACCCAGUCUCCACAACACACACCUGCUAAAGAAGAGAACCACACGAACGCUCUGCUGAACGGUAAAGGCUCGCACGAGGAGGAGGAGGAGGAGGAGCUGAUGAAGCGCGUGGAGAGCGUGGAGAUCACCAGCGAGAAGAUCGAGGAGGUCCUGUCGCCCGAGAGCUCGCCCUCCAAAUCGCCCGGCAAGAAGAAGAAGAAAUUCCGAACGCCGUCCUUCCUCAAGAAGAACAAGAAGAAAGAGAAGGUGGAGGCCUGAACGCCGAGAGCGGGGGAGGGGCGGAGACACAACCUGUCUGUCCGUCUGUCUGUCUGUCUGUUUACCCGACGUUUCUACAUUUGUUUUAAAGGAUUUUUAUUUUAUUUUCUGCACAUUUUUUGGGAAGGGAACCUCGACACUCUUUUACGGAAGUGUGUUGUGUGUUCUCGGAAUCCUGGCAAAAACUGAAUCUUCCCCUCACACACACACGAAACGGCUUAUAUCACAAUUCAAACACAUUAACGUUUAACUAUGUUUAUUAUUAAUUCUUUAUUAAUUUACGAUUUAUUUUAUUUUCAUUUUUUUAGCCCGGCGACUAGCCGUCAUUUUUUAAUUUUUUUUCCCUCCCAGGUGACGCAAAUCUUUAACAAUCCGUGUCUCAUUUUCUUGGAAGAAAAGCAUUAGAGUUUUGAGUUAAUCCUGUUUUACACACACACACACACACACACACACACACACACAAUCACGUUUUAGUGAAGUGUAUCUCAUGGUAGCCUCGUUCAUCUUUUAACUUCUCUGUAGUUUCUUGUUUUGUGUUUUAUUUUCACUUUUUUGUAUUCCUUCCUACACUUUUACAGAGACGCAUGUUUUUAUUUUUUGCCCCUCGCUCGACUUCCUACAGCUUCCUGUGUUUCUCGGCUCUUGUGGCUAGAACACACGCGAGCGAGUAAAGCGGGUUAGCGAGGAGCGACGUAACGGUUUCUUUCUGUGCCGCAGUUUUAACGUAGUGUUUAUUAUAUUACAUACGUAACGCGCGUACAGACGAUUUUAGACGGAUUUACAGGAAGUUGGCGAGAAGGCGGGAGGAAGGAAGAACGGGAAGGAAAUUAAUAACGGGAUUAAGCUAAAAAAGAAAAAAAAAGAAAAUCUAUAUACGAUUAUAUAUUUGUAUGUUUUGUAUAGAGUUUACGAUAAUAAUAAUCCUGCGUCCUGGAUCAACGGAACUAAGUGAAAUCUCAGCGCCGCCCUUUUGAACGUUAAAAAAUGUAAAAUUUUAUUUUUUUUUAUUUUUUGGGGGGGGGUCGCAAGACAGAGGUCUGUUUCCCGCUCGCUGUUCGAGAAAACCGGAGUAAAUUCCACAGCAGCCUGAAAACCUGCAGGAAUUCUAGCGACAAUGGCGAUUUUUUUUUUUUUUCCCCCCUCUAAGUUUUAGCGGAAGUGAGUGAAAUUCCUGAGAAAUUCGGACGUUUCUAUCGGAAUUCGGUUCGGCUAAAAGUGAAUCAUGAAGAAGAAAAAAAUUCAACCUCCUCAAAGUUCGCCUCUCAUCCAAAAUUGACAAUUUCUUAAAAAAAAAAAAAAAAUAAAUUUAAUUGAUUAAAUAAAUAAAUUGAUUUUUUAAAAACAGUUAUUAAAUUGUUAAAAUGGAGAUUUUUGUUUUCUGUUAAAUUCCAUUUUUGUUUUGUUUUUUAGUUUUAUUUUUUUCAGUUUUAGCACUGAAUUUUCAUUGAAAGUCGUUACGAGUCUUUUUUUUUUUUUUUUUUU